UGCAUGAAAUAAUUGCGUUUUAAAAUAAGUCAUACAUUAUUCAAAAGGACUUUAUGCAUAUCAGGGUCCAUCAGAAUUUUAUGAAUGAAUAUGUGGGCAAGCACCACGUCUCGUCCUCUCAGGGGUUCGCCAUCGAUUCAGCGCGCGCAGCUUCACUACAGUAACAUCUGUUCCAAUCGGCAUUUUACUUGGAUAUGGAUUAAAGAAUAACAAUUCAUGUAAAACGCUCACAGAAAACUAUUUUUCUUUGCAUGUCGUUUAGAGCAGCUCCCCAAACGCGGAAUGGUACGGCCCGAUUCAUUCAUAAAAUUCAGGCGGACUAUAAAUAAGAGCUCGCGGAGCUGAGUGUCACUGACCAGGUUUAUAAACCUGGAGAGAGCGACUGCAACAUCACGAAGCGAGGGAUUCGGACCAGAAGAGCUGGAAUCCUGUCAAUAGUUGUGUCUGUUUGCGCUGGAGAAAUGUUCCUGAGCAAAGCUAAUUCUGAUCCGGAUUCCUCGUCCUCUUCUGCCGGGGACGCGCGCGCGCACAGACCGAUGGACAGCAGCAGCACACAGGGCUCGUGCGUGGAUGCUGAGUCUCCGGGCUCGUUCGUUCCGACGGUCACCGCGAUCUCCAGCACGCCAGACCUGCAGUGGAUGGUCCAGCCCACGGUCAUCACGUCUGGGUCUCCGUCUCUGGGAAGAGCCGAAAGCAACGAGCCGGCAAAGAGCAAGACCGCUGGGAGCAAGGGGAAAUGCGCUGGCAGAAAGAGCAAGAGCGAGCAGCUCUCUCCGGAGGAAGAGGAGAAGAAGAGGAUCAGGAGAGAGAGGAAUAAAAUGGCUGCAGCGAAGUGUCGCAAUAGACGGAGAGAACUCACCGACACCCUGCAGGCAGAAACAGACCAGCUAGAAGAGGACAAAGCGGCCCUCCAGACUGAGAUCGAGAACCUCCUGAAGGAAAAGGAGAGGCUUGAAUACGUUCUCGCCACUCAUAAACCUCUCUGCCAACUGCCUGAAGAGCUGGACUGCCUGUUUCCAGAGUCUCCUCAGCCACUUCCAACUCCCGAAACGGCCAGCAAACUCCCAGAGGAAAGUCCGCAAGACGCCUCCUCCCUGCAGGACUUGGAGAUCCCAACAGUGCCGUCCACCGCGAUUUCUGGGAACUCCAACAUCUUGUUGUGCUCCAGCGCCGAGGUCAGUUUGUGUGACCUCGAACCUUCUCUGGACGUCAGGGAUGAGUUCCUCUCCUCCGUCGACGAGGACCGGGUCUCGGCUCGCUCCGUCCCCGACAUUGACCUGACCGGCUCGCUGGGCAUCACAGACUGGGAAACCCUAUACAAGUCUGUGGCCAAUGACCUCGAACCUUUGAGCACCCCUGUGGUGACCUCUUCCACACCUUCUUGCAGCAACUAUCUGUCUGUGUUCACCUUCGCCUGCCCCGAGCUGGACUCCCUGGCCGAGGGACUGGACGGUUGCAAAGGUGGCGUGACCAAAGCAGAAUCUGGCGUCGAUAUCCUCAACUCUCCAACCCUUCUCGCCUUAUAAAUGCAAGUGUAGAUGAUGUAAUGUCACGAUAUUGUUCUUAAUAUCUAUUGGAUAUCGCAGUGUUAUGACGUCCAGAUGUGUGAUGUUGGUGUGAAGCCUGUGGAAGUUUGUUUCCGCCACGGAAUAAAAAAUGUAAAAGGUAAUUGCGACUUUUUAUCCCACAAUCAGGGUUGCAAGGUCUGCACAA